GAAGGAAGGAUAGAAGAAACUCCUAUUUAACCAUCCUCGCCUCGCUCCGGCCGGCGAACCCCCCCCCCUUCCCGCGGCCGUCGUCGGCCGCCGCCGCCGCUGCCCGCCGUUGCAGCAGAAGGAAGCUGUGGUUUGCUUCCCACACCGGCUGGCCCCUGGACUUCUCCUGAUCCAGCCGCGUCCGCGCGGGCGCAUCUGGUAGGGGGGAGAGGAACCCGCGGCUCCCCCCGGCGUCGUUCCUCCCGCCGCCGGAGGAGGAGGAGGAGGCGUCGUCGCCACCUGAGGGAUUUGUGGGACUGAUAAUCAAGGAUUGAUUCACGGCCGGGAUCCUGGAGGAAAUGGGCGGUUACGAGUAUGCAACCAAUGGUUAUCACCGGGGAAUGGAGGAUGGCUAUGAAGACGAGUACUAUAGUGAAGAUGGAUAUGAGGAGGAAGGUUCAGGUGCUGGCGAAGAGUAUGCCGAGGAGGAUGAUGAGCCACCGGAGGGACAGCAAGAAUUCCUUCAAAUUAGGGAACGAUUAAAGGAGCAGAUUAGGCGAAAGGCGCAGGCUGCUAGUGCUAGCACUGCUGGCCGCUCAUCUUACUCACAGGAUAGAAAACCUCCAUCCAAUUUUGGGUCCUUCUUUGGGCCAUCCAAACCGGUGAUUUCCCAGCGGGUAAUUGAAGAAAGAAAAUCACUGAAAGAACUACAGAGUACAGCGUCAGUGCCCAGAGAUCGAAGGCCUUCUGGAAAGGAGAUCCCGUCAUCAUCUAAAGUGCAAUCUAAAACAAAUGGUCUUCACCACAAACAGAAGAUUGUUAAUGAGGCAAAAAGAAAGGCUGAGGCACUUAAGGACAAUCGGGACUAUUCAUUUCUACUGUCAAAUGAUGCUGACAUUUCAUCUUCCCCAAUGGAGAAACCUGCGGCUAGGUCUUCCUUGACUCAGAAAUCUGAUCGUGAGUUGACACAUUCAGCUAGUAAGAGCAGAGCACCUACAGGCCAAACUGCUAGAUCAAAUGGAUAUGGAUUGAAGAACACACCAUCCACACAGAGGCAUGCUGAAUGUAGGGUAGAUUCCAACAGAAAAGUUGCUGGAGCAAACAGAGAAAGGGCUGUCUUGCUUGACAAUGGAAGGAUGCAUAGUGUGGUCAGAAAUGGAUCCAGUCAGGCUACUACAAGCAAAGCUGCAAGUCAAAAGCUUCCGAGCAAGGGUCCUAUUGCCAAUAGGCCUCCUAUAAAGAGUGUAAAUGAUCAAUCUCUUAGGACAAAUCAUCCAGCUUCAAAGCAACUUUUGUCACAGAAUGGGAGGCCUCAAUCCUCACAGAGUCAGAGGAUGCAGUCGACCUCACAUAGUCAGAGGCCACAUCAACCUGUGCAGAGUCAGAGGCCGCAACAAUCAUUGCAGGGCCGAAGACCACAGCAGUCACCACAAAAUACAAGGCCACAGCUGAUGUCACAGAGUCAGAGGCCGCAGCAAUCAUUACAGAGACAGAGGCCACAGGUAUCCUCACAAAACGAGAGAUUGCAAUCCUCAGAGAGGCAAAGACCAAAUUCGCAAAGCUACAGGCCACAGUCGUCCCAAGGGCAAAGACCUCUGUCCUCGCACAGCCAUUACUCCGAGCAAAGAAGAGUUCAGGCAAAUGAUAGAGUAAAAUCGGUAGAAAGGCAGAUAAGGCCUCCCUCGAAACCCAUGCCAUCACGACCAAUACCUUCCAAUGGAAUGCGUGAUGUCCAUGCAAAGAAAAAGCAACCGGUGAAACGAAGAUUUAAUGAUCUAAGCGAUGAUGAGGAAGAUCCCUUGGCAAUGAUCAGGAGCAUGUUCAGGUAUGAUCCUAGUAAAUAUGCAGGCAGAGAUGAUGAUGACAGUGACAUGGAAGCAGAUUUUGCUACUAUAGAAAUGGAGGAGAAAAGAAGUGCGAGAAUUGCAAAGGCUGAGGAUGACGAGCAGCUUCGCCUGAUUGAGGAAGAAGAAAGACGCGAGCAGGAGAGGAAGAGGCGAAAGAUGGCACAUGGCCGAUAGCAGCUAAGUUGUAUAAAUGCGUGAGCUACAGCUGAACAAGAUCCUAAAAGCAAAAUACAUGGUCGUCUGGGGCAUGGUGCUCGCAGAUAAUGCCGUGCUCUACCUCUAUUAUUUGCCGUGGGAUUUCUCAAGAGCUUUAUCAAGAAAAAACAUCAGGGAUCAAGGGAGAACGGCAGACGAACGACGCUGUGAUGUAAUGUAAGUCAUGUAACAUGUGCUGAAACUGCUGUGUCAACUAUAGAUCUUUUUGAAGCUGACACUGAUCGUGCAGAAACUUCUCCCGUGGGGGGUGUGGCGACGCCAACGUUCCUGCACCCUAUCACAUAUGUUGGGUUGUACAUGAUAUUCUCAUGUAGCUGAUUUGUUCUGUUAGUCAUCAAUUCCUAAA